CAAAAACUACAAUUCAUUCCUUGUUGUGGUUUGUCCGUCUGCUGCAGCUUUUAGGAAGCAUGGUUCCCAAUUUGGUACAGCCCGUUCCAUAUACUAACGCAACAGCAUCUCUAAAUGUGAUUAUACCUGAGGUUCUUAAAGAAGAUAAUUAUAAAAGGUGGAGCAUUUUAAUGCGACACUAUUUUGUGGCUCAAGACCUUUGGGAUGUUGUUCUAUCAAGUCAAAUUCCAUGGAGUGAAGAUCCAGGGGACUGGACUAAAAAGAAUGCUUUAGCUCUGCUUGCAAUUAAGAUGUCAUGUGGAGCAGAAACGUUUGAUCAGAUUGAGGAGAUGGAUUCGGCCAGAGAUGCAUGGAAUGCAUUGGCCGAUUUGCAUAAACCACCAAACGUAGACGGCCACAGAGGAAGUGAAACUGAUGCUGCAGGUUUGAUUUCCAGCGCCAACUGGAUCCAGCCAGGAACAAGGAAGGAUACAUACCACUUGUGGUGGCAUGUUUCUAAUGGAGAAAUGAAAAUUGCAAAAUGCUUGGUUCAAAAGAAUGAUAAAUUGCUUACUAUUAGGAACAAGGAAGGAUACAUACCACUUGUGGUGGCAUGUUUCAAUAGGAGGAAGCCUAUGUCAUCCUAUCUGUGCUCCAUAACUCCGUUUGAGUUCUUACUUCCAGAAAAUAGCAAUCAGGGAACCUUGUUCCUCAAAUUUUGUGUACUCAACUUCAUGCUUGGUCUAGGUAAUGUGAAGCUGCCAUCUCUCUCUGAGGGUACGGAUAGUAGACAUAAAGUCUUCAUAACACAAACAGCAUGGGUCAAAGUGAUAGAUAGAAUAUUGGAAGUUGUAAUCAUACCCACUACACUCUGUGCAGGUGCUAGACUGAAGCACAUGUAUGAACUGAAGUUAAGCCAUCUGUAUGCCGAGUCAGUUUUGCGAUACUGGUGCCAGGAAAUAUCAACCUACAGGGAUGCCACACAACUAGUUGAAAGUGGAACAAUCUCAGCAAUCUUCCAAGCAAUCAAGGAUGGCCCAAUCGAAAUUGUGAUUAAGAUCCUUAAAGCAAACCCAGAUUUAAUUUGGUGCAAUAGAAAACUUUCAAGAGAUAUACUCAGCGCUGCAAUCAAAUACCGCCGAGGAAGGAUUUUGGGGUUUGUUUACCGGCUAGAUGCAGGGAAGAAAGCAUUUCUCUCUUUAGGAGAUGAAGAUGGAAACAACACGUUGCACCUAUUAGCCAAGUUACCUGAGUGUCGGCAGUAUAAUAAUCUCCGUCCAAUUGAGAUUAUGGUGCAAGAAACAAAGUGGCUCCGGGAGGUUCGUUUGGCCCUACCAGAAGGGUACACAACCGCCAAAAAUCUUUAUGGUGAAACUCCAGUCCAAGUUUUCGACAGAGAACACCAGAAAUUGAUAAAAGAAGCGGAGGAAUGGAUAAAGAAAACUGCAGAUUCUUACAUUCUCAUACCCGUUUUAAUUGUCACGAUUAUGUUUGCGGCACUUUUCACAGUUCCAGGCGGGAACAAUCAAGAAACCGGCAUCCCCAUAUUAUUGCACAGAAAACUGUUUUCCGGGUUUCUAAUAUGUGAUGCGGUCUCCCUCCUUACUGGAUCAACUUCAAUGCUGGCAUUUCUGGUUUUACUCACAUCAUCCAAUUAUCCUCUCGCAGUUAGAUCCUUGCAUUUGAUGUUGGCUAUUCCCUUACUCAUAAUUUCAAUAAUAACGAUGAUCCUGGCCUUCAUUUUUGCUCUUACGAUUAUGUUGCAAAGGACGUGGGUGGCAGCUACUCUAAUAUUCCUACUUAUACUUCCCAUCUACAUUUUGGUUAACUCGUCAUAUUUCAUCAUUGCUGAUGCUUAUAAAUGGACGUUUCGAUCAGUAAUCUUCUAAGAGAUGGUCAAUGGACAGCACUUAUUGACGCAUCUUCCUUAACGGCUUUUAUGGUGUCAAAUAAUUUGUAUUUUUUGUAAUUUUGUAAUGUCUUCGUUUAUGGUAUCAACCUUUUGUGUGAAAAUAUAUCGUGUUUCACUUUUUUAUUUUCCAGAUUUCGUCUAUUUCGAUUUUCAUUUUCAUUUGGUUUUUCAUUCUUUGUUUGGUUGUAAAGGAAAUGCAAGAAAUAUAAAAUAUGAAAGUUUGU